UAAUUUGGACCUCAACAUUCCUCUGCGCUUUUUUUCUCUGCCUCAGAGUCGUUCGUAUUUACAUGCAAUUUACACACAAUAAUACACACAUUUGGCGUGAAAGUACGGACUGUGAGCUCACGCAUUUCCGUUGAGCGAUUCUCAAAUAGAUUUGAAGGAGAUCUGAGAAAAUUUAACUGCAAUGCCACAGACGAGAACAGUUCAAGUAAAGCAGCUGUCAGAUCUAGCUACCGAGAGAGAAAUUCACGAGUUCUUUUCCUUCUCCGGUGAAAUUGAGCACAUUGAGAUCUGCAGGGAGCUUUCGCAGUCCAAAACUGCAUUUGUCACUUUUAAAGAUCCACAGGCGCUUGAAAUAGCCUGUUUAUUAUCGGGUGCAACAAUAGUGGAUCAGGUUGUUAGCAUUGCACCUUCAGAAAAUUAUGUACCUCAACAAAAGGCUAGGGAACUGCAAAUCAGUGAAAACACUGCAAGCAUAUCUCAGGGGAAUAAUUCUCCAGUUGCUGAGGGAAAUAUGAGCCCAAACAAUGGGAGAGUGUAUGUUAAUAAGGCCCAAGAUGUUGUGUCAAGUAUGAUUGCAAAAGGUUCAGCUAUUGGUCAGGAUGCCGUAAACAAGGCUAAAGCAUUUGAUGAAAAGCAUAAGUUGACUGCCAGUGCAUCAGCCAAAGUUAUUUCGUUUGACCAGAGAGUUGGGCUAACAGAAAAAUUUACUGUUGGAAUUUCGGUUGUGAAUGAGAAAGUGAAAUCUGUGGACCAAAAGUUUCAGGUGUCAGACAAAACCAUGUCAGCUCUUAUGGCUGCAGAAAGGAAAUUAAAUGAUACUGGGUCAGCUGUAAAAUCUAGCAGGUACGUGACAGCUGGAACAAGUUGGCUGAACGGCGCUUUCACCAAAGUGGCAAAAGUUGGCCAGGUUGCUGGUUCAAAAACUAGAGAAAAAUGGAAUAUGGCAUUGUCGAAUUUAACAGCCAAGGAUCCCCCCAUUGCAGCCUAAGUAGACGCAGAAAGUGUGUCGCCGAAUGUUUGCCCUUCUCCUGAUGGCUUGGUUUGGAAUGAUUAUUGAUAUGUCCGGUUUGGAGUUUCAUGCGUGUGAUAGUUGAAAAGUAGCUUCGUUCUUCGUCUGCAUAUUCAAGUAACUCUUUAAAUUUUCACAUUUAGUUGUGGAGCUGAUUCCAUUGUUCAUAUUUGCUCAAUUUUGUGUGGUGUGCGUCUGUAACUGUGCAGUAUGUGAAUCUAUAUUAUUUCAGGAUUGUGUGCUUGCAAAUUGGAGUCCGUUGUAUCAAGUAACACCAUAAGCGUGAUGAUGUUGUGGUUUCUUUGAAAAAAAAUCUUACAUUUACAGUCGCUUUAAUUUAAAA